CCUAAUCCAUCGAUCUCAAAGUUGGAAAACCAAACCUCAGAGAUGAAGAGUUCCUCUAGUAGCGUGGAGCUCCCGCCUUGCCCACAGUUGAAUCAGACGACACAUACGUUAAGGAAUCGAGCUUUUGAUUUCGCAAUAUUGUCGCUCUUGUUCCUCGGCUUCCUUUUCAUCUUCAUCGCCACUCCCUCCAGUACUCUGAUGCCUCUCCUUUCCAGCCCUAGCUCCCAAUGCAAUUCCUCAGCCAUGCAUAAAAUGGCUAUUUAUCAGGAUGAACUCGACGAGGUUUUAGCCGAAACAUCAACAGAAAACAAGACUGUUAUUAUCGCUGUGGUAAACAAAGCCUACGUGGAAGGAGACAAGUCAAUGCUUGAUCUAUUCUUGGACGGUUUCUGGCACGGCGAUGGUACUCAGGGGUUAGUAAAUCACGUUCUAAUUGUGGCCACCGAUCCAGUAUCCUACAACCGGUGCAAGUUUCUUCGACUUCAUUGCUACAAGCUUGAAGUAGAAGGUAUAAAUUUUGUUGAGGAGAAGAUAUACGGGAAUGAAGAUUAUUACAAGAUGAUGUGGAGGCGGACUCAGUUUCUUGGGGAUGUUCUCAAGCGUGGCUACAACUUCAUAUUCACGGACACUGAUAUAUUAUGGCUUAGGAACCCAUUUUCCAUUCUGAGCCCAAAUGAAACAUUUGACUUUCAAAUCGCUUGCGAUGGUUACGAAGGGAACAAACUCUGCUACGUCAACAACGGUUUUACCAUUGUCAGAUCAAACAACAAGACAAUUACAUUGUAUGAUACUUGGUACGCAAAAAGAAAUGACGACAUUCGACAGACUGAGCAGGAUGUUGUGCGGUUGCUCAUUGAAAAUGGUUUCUUCAAAGAGUUAGGACUCAAUUACAGGCUCUUGGACACACUCUAUUUUAGUGGCUUUUGUGAAAAUAGUAGAGAUAUUGGGUUUGUGGUGACUGUUCAUGCUAAUUGUUGUCUUGGUAUAAGUGCCAAGUUGGCUGAUCUAACGACUGUGAUUCAUGAUUGGGAGAGAGCUAAGAAGUUAUCUGCCAAUGAGACGUCGAGAUUUGAAUGGUCAAAGCACAAAGCUUGUAAGAAGAAAAAUUGAGAAUUAUUCAAAAGUUUCCAGAAAUUAUACGAUCCUUGGAUUUCAUUUAUUAUUGUUCAGAGAGAGGCUUGGGAAGAGAAAUGGGAUCAUUCUUAUGAAUUGCAAGAAUGACCAAGAUUUGUUAACCCAUGUAUAUAUCUUGUUUCCGUGAGGGAUUUCUAUGUCCAUGAAAUUGUUGUUCGAUCAUGAUUUUCAUGUACUCCUCCAUUGUAGACUCCAUUAAUUGCCACAGCAUAUAAUAUACAUUUUUAUUUCUUGGU